AUGAGCCACCAGCGGUACCCAUCCCACGAUGCGGUCAAGGAGCCGCAUUCUGUGUCUUUAAAGGUCUUGCGCCUCUCGCGGCCGUCGCUCGUCGCGCAAUACCCCCUCCAACCUCCUCUCUCCUCGCCGACCUCCCACCCGCCACCGCUCCCAGCCUCGUUGGCCUACAGUAAUGGCGCCGGCAAUGCCAGCGGCGCCAACGCCGACAACCCCCUCCAGCCGCCACCCACAAACCCAGCUCCCUUCGUGCUGAGCCCCAUCCUCAACCUCCCCCCGUCCUUCGGCUCCGCCUACGUCGGCGAAACCUUCAGCUGCACCCUCUGCGCGAACCACGACAUUCCCGAAGGCGCACCCCCCAAAACCAUCCGCGACGUGCGCAUCGAAGCAGAGAUGAAAACCCCGUCCUCUCCGGCGCCCAUCAAGCUCGCCCUGCUGCCCUACACAUCAUCCGACGCCAACAACGACGCCCCCACAACAACAACAACAACAGCCGGCGUCGACCUCACCCCGCCGCACGCGACCACGCUGCAGCGCAUCCUCGCCUUCGACCUCAAAGAGGAGGGCAACCACGUGCUGGCGGUCACGGUGUCGUACUACGAGGCCAGCGCGCUGGCCGGCCGCACGCGCACGUUCCGCAAGCUGUACCAGUUCGCGUGCAAGGCGUCGCUGAUCGUGCGGACUAAGCCCGGCGCGCUGCCGGCCCGGCCCGGGGGCGCGAGGCGGUGGGUGCUCGAGGCGCAGCUGGAGAACUGUAGCGAGGAGGGGAUGCUGCUGGAGAGGGUCGGGCUGGAGCUGGAGCCUGGGUUGGCGUGUGUGGAUUGCAAUGGAGGCAUGGGACGGCCGAGGAGAAAGAGGCCGGUACUGCAGCCUGGGGAGACGGAGCAGGUCUGCUUCGUGAUCGAAGAAGAGGAGAAGGGCCGGGUGGAGGAGGUGGAUGGAAGGGUGGUUUUUGGGGUGUUGCAGAUUGGGUGGCGGAGUGAGAUGGGGAAUAGGGGGUUUCUGUCGACAGGGAAGCUGGGCACACGGUUUGUGAAACCCAAAAUCGUAGACGGAUGAGGGAACAGUCAAUGGCGUUUGAUGGUUGGCUUGUCAGUCAGUUGACACGGUAACAUGAGGUGUACGGGACUUGAAUUAUUCUCCUUGAGGGUGCUGACAACGCGAUGGCUUCUGCCCUUGGGCUAACUACCUAGAAAUAUGGACGAUGUGGCUUCGUC